AUGAUUCUCUUCGAUACCUCUUUUCUGUCAGGAAAUGUACAAUCUGGACGUCGAUUUGGCGGUGGACCUCUGACUUCGUCGGAAGGUGGCAACACGGAACGAGAAUCUGAUCAUUUCAAACUUUUGGCAUCGGAUCGUAAUUCUCUAAUGGUUGGGGCACGUGAUGCAGUCUAUAAUCUUUCAAUGGCCAGCAUGGAAGUGCAACACACAAUCGUAAUAGCAGUAAUAUUUGAUUUGCAGACAAUCGAAUGGGCACCAAAUGGACAAACGGUUGAGGAUUGUUUGAUGAAAGGCAAAAGCAGAGUGGAAUGUCACAACUAUAUCCGUGUAAUGGUGCGUCAAACAAAUGGACGUUGUUUGAUUUGCGGAACAUAUGCUUUCUCGCCGAAAUGUCGAGAAUAUGUUUAUUCCGGAGAUGAGAAUUCACUGCAACAAAGACGGCAGUUUGAUGGACAGGCUAUUUCACCGUACGAUCCUAAAGACAAUUCUACUGCGGUAUUCAUUGCUGAAACGAAUGAAAUCUAUACGGGUACUGUAUCGGAUUUUGCUGGCAAUGAUCCGCUUAUUUACCGUAAGCGACUUUCUGAUGACGAUGGCCUCCGAACGCAGCGAGAUGACCUCAAAGUUCUUGAUUCACCGAAUUUUGUGGCGUCUUUCGCAUAUGGUGAACAUGUUUAUUUCUGGUAUCGAGAAUGGGCUGCUGAAGCUACUGACGGCGAUAGACAGGUAUAUGCUCGUGUAGCGCGUGUUUGUAAAGGAGAUAAAGGUGGUGCGAGACCAGCGCAUGAACGAUGGACGUCGUUCGUAAAAGCAAGACUCAAUUGCUCUUAUCCAGCGAACACACCGUUUUAUUUCAAUGAACUUCAAGCCGUUAGUAAACCAGUACCAUCAAAUGAUGACGGUUCAGUGCUGGUUUAUGCGGUAUUCACAACACCAGAUAGUAGUGUUCGAAUGUCAGCUGUGUGCGCUUUCCGUAUGGAUGCUAUAAAGCGUUUAUUUGAUUACGGACAUUUCAAAGUGCAGCAAACAGCACAAAGCCUUUGGAUGCCAUAUCGAUCGCACCAAAUGAUUUCCGUACCAAGACCUGGAUCGUGCGUUGCUGAUUCAACAAAACUUCCUGAGAGUACGGUAUCCUUCAUAACGCGCAAUCCAUUAAUGCAUGAAGCAAUACCUGCAAUCCGUCCUAGACCUAUCCUGGUUCAAGGUCCCGAAAAAGCCGAAUUAACACAAAUCGCCGUUGCUCCUCAGAUUCGUUCCGUACGAGGUGUACAUCAUAAUGCAUUGUAUUUGGGAACAUCAAAUGGACGUGUUCUGAAGGUGAUUGACGUAGUUGAUGAAGAUACAUGUGUAAUUGAAUCAGUGCACGUUUUUCGAAGGAACGUGCCGAUCGUUAACCUCAUGGCUACUGCUGAUCAGUUGAUUGUGGUAAGCGCGGAUGAGAUCGCUGCAAUACCUCUUCAUCACUGCGGUAAACAGCGUACAUGUAGUGGAUGCGUUCAUCUACAAGACGCCCACUGUGCAUGGGAUUUGGAUUCAGCAAGAUGUGUUGGACGUGAUGACGGCUCAUGGACCGGUGGUAAUUUCGUUCAGAAUGUCCAUAUUGGUCGAUCGGAACAAUGCCCUGAGGGUGCUGUAGAUCCCGAUUAUUAUGCUGUUGAUGGUACCUUAAUUAUUCGUUAA